CAAUUGUCAAAGGAAUGGCGAUUGUUCUGAAGAUAAGGAGUUUGUUGACUUGAUGCCAUUUUCGCAGCCACAAUCAGGAUCAUAUCCCUAGUUGUCGACUAGCUUGUGGCUAGAGGAACAUGCACGAUCCCAACGCCGUCUUUUGCUUUUCUAAUAAUUAAGAAGGUUCACAUAGUACAGUCCCUUCUUCAUUGCACUGUGUUUUCUCGGCUUGCACGUUGGAAUCCAAGAGCAUGACAGAACUGACAGUGAACGGACACUCUCAGGCAAGUAACGGCUCUUUAGGGAUGAAUACCAAGAAGGCUCGCAAGCGUGCGAGCACAAGGUGGGGCCCUGACCCUGACGAUGCUGGCCUGGCAAUCCCAGUAGGUGAUCAUGGUCAAGCUGUGGAGGCACAAAUCGGCGAAACAGUGGCCGACGCCAGCCUCCCAGCCAACGAAGGAGCCACAGAGACAGCUGGGCUGGCAAGGCGAAAACCCAAACGCUCGCGCUGGGGACCGGAUGAGGAGGACACCACACCAGCAGCAGCCCCAAUGCCAGAUCAAGAGCCAACAAAGGAGCCAAGCGCAGGUGUGCCCCGGAGGAAACCCAAGCGGCGCCGCUGGGGCCCUGACGAGGCAGAGGAGGCUGAUCCAUCUCAGCAGCAGCCAGCUGACGUCAACGGAGCUGACGUAAGACCUGCAGGAGCUGCGGCAGCGAAAGCGAAAGCUGGCAAGCCCAAGCGCACUCGCUGGGGGCCUGAUGAUGUGCAGGAGACUGGUGCCAGCCAUCAGCCAGGCAGUGCAGAGACUGCUACAGCACAGGACGUGGCGCCAGCAGACACUGCACCCAGCACAAUGCAAGCACAAACAGAGCAGCCAUUGAGUGCCGCAGCUGAAAGAGCAUCAGUAUCGGGAUCGGACAGCACAGCAGCAGCAGCGGCUGCUGCAGUGGAAAAAGCCCUGCAGGCCACCGGGCUAGAGCCUGAGCCGGUCGCUGCCGCAGGAAGCCGCGGAGAAGCUGCAGGGGAGUCAGCGCUGACUCAGCCGCCGGCGGAGAGGUUCACCCUGCCGGAGGGGGUGGAUCCCCUCGCAGCGGUGCUGCUGCGGCGGCGGGGGGAACCCCCGGUGGCCACGAGGGGGAUCGCUACCCAGGACCCCCCCUCAGAGUCCACCUCGGAAGCCUCCGAUGCAGCGCCAGGAAAAGCGGCGGCAGCUGACGCGGAUGCGGCUGUCACGUCUGCUGGAAUUCAGACAGCGACAGAGGCGUCAGAUCGGCCGAGUGAGCAGGCAAAGACAAGCACAUUUAACAUGCCGCCUUCCCCGGGUGCUGACACAUCGCAUGUGCAGGCUAUGGUGAGGGUGUUUGAGGCAAAGCCGCCCGGGCAGCUGCCAGGUCCCAGCGGGCAGCUUCCCUGGGCAGCGGGCACGCAGCGGGCAGCCGGCGGGCAUCGGCCGCCGCCGCCGCGGCCGCAGGCUGACCCAGAGAGAGAGUUGACUCUCUUGGAGGAGGCACGCCGGCUCGCAGCACAGGCUGCAGCGGAGCAGAACGCGGUGAAGCACGCGUCGGAAACUGCCGCCUAUCUGGCAUAUCAGCCCAUCCCCCGCCCCCUCCCACCGCCACAGCAGCAGCCGGUCCCCCCCGCCGCGCCGCCACCGGUCUCAUCGGCCCCCGCGCCGCCGCGGCCGCCUUCGGCUCCCCCGGCAGAGCAACCGCCGCAGCCGCUACCGGCCGUGGCACCGCCGGGGACCGAUGCUACGGCGGCGGCUGCCGCAGCGGCCGAGCCGGCUCCCCCGGGGGCGGAAGCCGCGCAGGCGGCGGCGGUCGCGGAUCCGUACGGGGCGUACGGAUAUUACGGGCAGUAUGGGUACUAUGCGGCUGCUGCUGCCGGGGACCCGUAUGCGGCGCACUACGCUGCGGCCUAUGGGGGCCACUAUGACCCGUAUACGGCCUACAGCGCAGCGGCGGCAGGCUACGAUCCGUACGCCGCAGACGCUGCCAAUGCAGAGCAGUGGGCGGCCUACUACGCCCAGGCAAGGCUCCACUGA